AGGAUGGUUGCAAUAAUUUUUCAACUCAUAGAUAUAUAAAAGAUGAAACUUCUCUUCUGAAAUUAUUAUUAUAUAUAGUUAAUUGCAACCAUUUCGUAGCUAAGUAAAUACUCCCACGUGUUUUAUUCCUCUUUAUAUUCGUACAACCAGCUGGUGGCGCAUUGAUAACCAACAGACCGUUUGUUCAAUGACACGUAAACACAGUCUAUGCCACUCCUACGGUGGUAGGAAGAGGUAUCGUAGUAAUACGGCGUUGGAAUUUGAGCUUGUGACAUAAAUACGACAUAAGUGUAACUUAGGAUGAUUAAAAUUCGUAACAUAAAAUUAAACACCACGACGUUUUAUUUCCGCUUUUCAAGUUCUUCCACUUAUUGCCAUAUUGCUCGGUUAUAUAAGUAACAGUUAAUAGGUUGGAAUAGAGACCAAUAGUUUCACUUUUUUCAUUUCUCGGGAAAUGAUGAUUAGAAAUGGAAAAGUAUUAUUUAGAAUUAUCUGCCAGACAAGCGGACAUACUGUUGAUGCUGCUAAUAGUAAUACUGUCAGGCUUAACUUCAGGACAGAUAUCAACUUGCCGCUCUGCUAACAGUAACAACGUUACUAAUAUUGAUAAUAAUACUAAGUCCAGUUGGAAUGUUUAUGAUCUUUUCUAUUAUAAACCAGGAGUAUAUGACAAAAAGUAUGGGGCUUUCACAGAGGAGAUGCGUUUAGAAAUGCUGAAUGAAGCAAAACUUAUGUUCCAGUUUGCAUAUGACAGUUACAUGAAAUAUGCUUUUCCCAAAGAUGAACUUAAUCCCAUAUACUGUAAUGGUCGUGGACCAGAUUAUGACGAUCCGUCCAAUAUUAACAUCAAUGAUGUCCUGGGUGACUACAGUUUGACUUUAAUUGAUGCUUUGAGCACCUUGGCUGUAAUGGGAAAUUCCAGUGAGUUUAAAAAUGCUGUCAGGCUGGUUGUUGAAAAUGUGUCCUUUGAUAAAGACAAUACAGUUCAGGUGUUUGAAGCAAAUAUCAGGAUAUUAGGUGCCUUAUUAUCUGCUCAUUUUAUUAUAAUUGAUCAUCGGAAACCUUUUGGAGAUCUCAAGCCUUCUUGGUACAAAGGAGAAUUACUAUCGCUUGCUCAUGACUUGGCCAGUCGUCUUCUCAUGGCUUUUGAAAAUUCAACUACAGGAAUUCCUUAUCCACGGGUAAAUCUUCGUCAUGGGGUGCCAAAGGAAACAUCCACCCACACUUGCACAGCUGGUGCAGGAUCUUUGCUUCUUGAAUUUGGAAUGCUGAGUCGUCUUCUGCGUGAUCCGGUUUAUGAAGGUGUUGCCCGGAGGGCUAGUAAUGCCAUCUGGGAGCUUCGUUCAAAGAGCACAGGACUAGUUGGAAAUGUAAUUGAUGUGAAUACUGGUGAAUGGGUAGGAAAGAUGAGUGGAGUUGGUGCAGGAAUAGAUUCUUAUUAUGAAUAUUUGCUCAAGGUAAGAAUUUAACCUUUGGAAAAACUAGAUUUUAACAUUUUUCAGGUAAUCUAUCAAACUAAUGAACUGCUGUGCAUGUUCAAUUAUAUUAGGCGUCCUCACUGUAACCAAGGGAUUGGGGAGCACCCUUUGUAUGUGAAUGUUAAUAUGAUGGAUGGUGCAACCCACACAGUUUGGAUUGAUUCAUUACAAGCUGCUUUUACUGGAAUCCAGGUUUUGAAUGGAGAUAUUGAGGAAGCAAUAUGUUCACAUGCACUCUACUACUCUAUCUGGCGAAGGUUUGGAGCAUUACCGGAGAGAUUCAACUGGCAGCGAAUAAGACCUGACCUUUUUUUUUAUCCCUUACGACCUGAACUAAUUGAGUCCACAUAUCUUUUGUAUCAAGCAACAAAAAAUCCAUUUUAUCUUCAUGUGGGAAAAGAUAUCUUGAUUGGUCUAAACAGUUACACAAAAGCUCAAUGUGGUUAUGCCACUAUUCACAAUGUCCAGGACAAAAGUCUGGAAGAUCGAAUGGAAAGUUUCUUUUUAAGUGAAACCUGCAAAUACUUGUAUCUUUUAUUUGAUGUGAACAACCCAUUGAACCGCCACUUCACAGACUAUCUCUUCACCACAGAAGGUCACAUCUUCCCAAUUGACUGGAAGUACCGUGCAAAACCAUGGGAUUCAGAUGACAAUAAUAAUACUGAAUCAGCAGAACCAUCUAGUUAUAAUAGAUAUACUCGGUGGAAAGAGAUAAAGAAUGGAUUAGAAGUGAAUGAACAAGAUGUCAGCACAAGGACUGUGGACCUAAGAAUGAAUAAUUCCACCUAUACGCAGUGUGCAAGAAUUCCAUCAGAGAGACAGUUUUUGCUGCCAUUAAAACAUGAAUACAUGCAACAAAUAAGUCAAGCAUUUGGGCUAGAUGUCUAGCCAAACAGAGGUCAUAACAUUACCUGUUCUAACUUAAACAAAGGUUCUUUCAAAAGCCUUGAACUGAGUGGUUACAUCAUACUGUGGAAUCCAGAAGGGACUGCAUUCCAGUUAUCAAAUCUGUAGUUUAUUUUUAUCUUUUGUAAAGGGUGACUUCAUAACUUGAUGGUUUUUUUUUGUGUGCUAGUGUGUUGUGAAUUUGUCUAAUUUUUCUUGUGUGCUUGAAUAAAAAUAUUUUUUGUAAGGGAAGUGAUUUAACUUUCUAAAGAAAAUUUUGCAUGUAUUAUUGGUACUUAAAGGAAUGAUUUUUUUUUAAUUUAUUGCUGCAUUGUUAAAUUGAAAAUAUGUGGUAACUCAGAUGAUUAUGUAUAUUUUUCUAAAAUUUCAUUAUUCAUGUUUAUCCUUGUGCUCAAUAAAAAAAAAUAUAUAUAUAUUAAAAUAUAUUUAGUAAAGUUUAAACAAGACAUGAUUUAUAAUGUGAAUUUCCAGGCCAGAGUUUCUGCUUAGAAUAUAGUCACUUUUUGUGUUGGAAUUUCUUAUUUUUAUAUGGAAGUUUCAAAGGUCAACCUUUGGUAAGACAAUCUCUCUCACUCUCUCCACUUUCUAAGGAAGACUUUUAACAGUUUAGUAAAAGUUAACAACAGUAAUAUUUCAGCUUUGUUUAAAAUUGUAAAAAAAUAUUGACAUGCACAUUGUUAUUUAAAGAGAUUUGAAAAAGUACAUAAGUUAUAUUUAUUAUACUAUGUGAACAUUAUAAUGUCUAUAGGAAAAAUAAUAGUUUUGAGUGAAAUAAUGAAAUGAAAUUCAUUUCAAAACACUAAGAUAUAUCAAUACUGAAUGCUUGAUUUACUGCUUUUUGAGAUUAAAUCAUGUGAUUUUUGUGUGGUAGUCUGGAAAUAUUUGGGGUAGUUUAAUGAUAUCAGAAAUGCCUUUAAAAAUAGUGCCUAGGAUUUUAAAAGAAAUUAUGUUUUAAAAAAUCAAAA